AUGGUCAGAUUUCUGAACACGAGCUCCUCUGAGCGGGAGAGAUGGCGCUAUGAUAAGCUCGAUCAACAGGAAGCUGUCAAUCUAGUCGAGGAUUCUCACCCUUCUGGUUCCACUUCUGUUGAAGCUGUCGAAGGUGAGGAGGAUAGCAUGCUGCAUGGCACUGCUGCUUUAAUAAAGAAUAGAUUCCCUGGAAUACGAGUCCUGGAUCCGUUCCAUAAAGCGCAACCCUUUGGUGGAACGACUCUUGCCGAACAAGAGACUUUCGAACCUUGGGACGAAGACGAGCCUACGCCAGCAGAGCGCCGCACUCUGCGGAAGAUUGCCGACACAGUGCCAUAUAGCGCAUUCCUUGUUGCCAUUGUCGAACUAUGUGAAAGAUUUGCCUAUUUUGGCAUGACUGGUCCUUUCCAAAACUACAUUGCUAACAAGUACAACGAUCCAAGUGGCAACCCUGGUGCGCUCAGUGUGCUGAUUGGGUGGAUCUAA